AUGCUACUAAUACCAUCAUUAGUUAGCAUUUUUGCUAUUUACCGAUUUACUAUAAAUUUCACCGGUUUACCGUAUUCGAAUUCGCUUCGUCAAUCAUCCUCAGCAAAAUUUCGCGAAACCAGCCAAGAAAUUGUAAAUUCUCUGCAAACUUUGUUUUCUUCCUUUCCUGGAGAACGGAAUAUUUCUGUUCUCAAUUACAGGUAUCAAAAAGUUAUUGGUACUUUGGUAACUAUCGAAGUAAAAUUACGAAAAGCAGAGCCAAAACUUGAAGAAAUCAUCAAAAGGGCAAUCAAAUCUGGAUAUAUCGGAAGAUAUGCCGUUGGAUUUAAUGGCUUCGAAUAUCAGACUUUAAGGGGUCAUUAA